AUGCAACCACAACUCUCACAGUCUUCGUCAUCCCUCUCGCAGGAUGGCUCGACCACGCCCACGAACUCGAAUUCUAGCGCGAACAAUGCCGCCCGCCGACCUCCCCGAAAGAGCACCCUCACCCAGCAACAAAAGAACCAGAAACGCCAGCGAGCUACGCAAGAUCAGCUCAUGACCCUCGAGGUUGAGUUCAACAAGAAUCCCACACCUACGGCAUUAGUUCGAGAGCGGAUUGCAUCAGAUAUCAACAUGACCGAGCGUUCGGUGCAGAUUUGGUUCCAAAACAGGCGUGCAAAAAUCAAGAACAUUGCCAAGCGAAGUAUCGAAAGCGGCGAGGACUGCGAUAGUAUCCCGGAAUCGAUGCGGCAGUAUCUGGCAAUGCAGGCAUACGGUCCAGGAAAAGGCCUUCCAGCUGGGAUGAUGGGCGGGCGACCUGGCUUUGCUCCUUAUGGUGGCGGCAAUUUUUCACUCAACACCGACUCGUCCUCUGGCAAGGUCGUGAUUCAGCAUUUCCACUGCCGGUCACUCUCCAUUGGUACUUGGCGUCGAGUAGGUCAGAGCACCAUGGACUUGGUCGUGUUCUACUCGCCAGACAAGGCGUGCAUCACUUAUUACAUCAACAACGACUCUGCAGGAUAUAAGAUCGAAUACCCCUUCGCUUGGAUCAAGAACAUCACACUGGAGCAGGGAGAUGUUCUGGCUGCUGCUGAGGGUGCAUCGCAACGCUCGGGCGGUCUGAUCAUCGAAUUGACUAGGCCGCCAAAGUUCUACAUGGACAGCUCCGGCAGCGGCGGCUUCUACGAGUGUGGUGAUUUCACCGAGGACCAGCAAGCGAGUCAGGUCAUGGUGCACCAGCUCGGCGGCCCGUCGAAAGUCCUCAGCGGGCAACUCGCCAAGCUGGUGUCUCUCGAGUCAUACCAGAAUCGACAUGCUCACAACAUGUUUGAUCCAAGUGUAUUUGCUGUCUCUGCUCCCGUCUCGCCCGUUGGCCACCGUCCUGCGAGUCAACCGAACCACUUGAUGCAUCCUCACAGUGGCAUGUUUCUUCAAGCUCCGCCAGAGCCCAAUGCUGGACUAAUGGGACCUCCUGGUCCGCGUGGUCACAAACGCCAGCGAAGUCGGUCCGUGCCAGUCGCUGUUGAUUUCAACAUGCUGCGGAAUGGACCCAUGCCUUCAUUCCUCAUCCAGCACGAAGGUCAGUCUGCACCGCAGCCCAUGCAAGAUCCAAACAUCUUUGCGCCGAUUCCACAACAUCAACAUGCUUUUGCCAACGGGCCUCCUGGCUCACAUCUCAGCAUCGAUACCUCGGCUGGCUACAUGGGCCUCCCGUACAGUGGCGCUCUCUCAGCAACCACUGCCAACUCGCCAAGUGAAUUCGGCACUCCAGGGUUCUUCAGCGCUGCCCCUUCUGCGGAGGGCAUGCACGCUGCACAAUUCAACUCAUCGUUCAACAAUGGCUUCUUGUCUGUUGAUGCUGGCGCUAUGAUCGGCACUAGCAACACUCCGCUUUCAAUGUCGAGCCAUGGUGAUCCUGUCAUCGCGGAUCACUCGCCUCCUCUCAACGGAGUUGGCCGUAGUCAAAGCGCCGAUAUCUUUGGCAACCACGGUGAAGGGUCUCAACUUGGCGAUGAAGGUCUUUACCUCUCGGAGACCUUCAACAAGCAGAUGGCGCUGCCGUUCCGAAGCCCGGGUCUGCAGGAGGACUUUCAAUCGCCCAUGCACGAUGGCAUGUUCAAUUUUCAAUCGCCAUCCAACAGCGGCCAAGACUCUCAGAACAACAUGAACAUGUCCGGCCAGCAGCAAAUGCACUUCCAAUCAAGUCCUCAACACAACGCAGACAGCAGCAACUAUCAGUCGCCAUCCCAGCACCAAAGCUCAAUGCACCAGGACAGCGGCGUCUCCUUUUCCACUCCAUCGCACAUUUCUCACGACCAGUCAUCCAUGUUCAAUAGCCCUCAGGACAACGGAAUGCUGUACCAGGACUCGAAAGCCUAUUCGAGUCCUGGGCACAUGCAACAACUCGCCGAUGAUCAGCAGAUGUUCACCAGUCCGGGUCAUGGCAUGGACAUGAACACGCAGCAGAUGUUAUACGUGGAUCCGCACUCCCUUGGACAGCAACAACAGCAAUAA